UUCCCUAGGACUCUUAUGGCUUGGUUACCACUGUUUCUUUGGGUGCUAUGGAUAGGAUUGCACCCAUGUGUCAAUGCCUUAGAUGAGGGAACCCGGUAUUAUGACUAUACUGCAUAUACCGAGUGUAAAUCAUGCCCAGAAGCUCCCCUCUACAAUGGAGGAAUUCUAAGUGAAAAUGGUGGAGAAAGUGAAGUGACAUACUAUAAAUCCGAAACUGGUGCAUACUCUCCUGCUUUUGUGCUAUACAACCUCACAGAGUCAACUAGAUACACAUUUUCUUGUUGGGUGAAAGUUAGUGGGACAAAGUCGAGUGCAGUUGUGAAGGCAAGGUUAAGUACUGUAAACACAACAUUGAGUUGCGUAGGGACUACACUUGCAAGAAGUCGAUGUUGGUCUUUCCUCAAGGGAGGUUUUGUGCUUGACUCUUCUUCCGAUUUCUCAGUUCUUUACUUCCAGAGUGCUGACAUAAAUACAACAGUAAUCUCUAUCAAAAGUGCUUCUCUGCAACCAUUUUCGGUGGAUCAGUGGAAUCAGCAGCAACAGGAUAGUAUUCAACAGAAUAGGAAGCGCAAUGCUAUUGUUCAUGUAUCUGAUACUGAAGGAAACCGCAUCAGUGGAGCGACAGUCUCUAUACAACAACUAGCAAAAGAUUUUCCUUUUGGCUCCGCAAUUGCAAAAACCAUCCUUGGAAACAAACCAUACCAGGAAUGGUUCGUGAAGCGGUUUAAUGCAGCAGUUUUCGAGAAUGAGCUUAAGUGGUACGCAACCGAGCCCGAGCCCGGGCAGCUGAACUACACAACACCCGAUGAGAUGCUAGAAUUCAUUCGCGCGAACCAGAUCACAGUUCGCGGCCACAACAUCUUCUGGGAGGACCCUUUGUACACCCCCUCGUGGGUUCGUAAUCUCACUGGGGAUGCCCUGCGAGCUGCGGUCGAUGCUCGCAUCACGAGCCUACUGUCGAGGUACAAAGGCGAUUUCGUGCAUUGGGACGUGAGCAACGAGUUGCUACAUUUCGACUUCUACGAGCAGCGGCUCGGACCCAAUGCGUCCUUAGGGUUCUUCGAUACGGCCCGAAAAAUCGAUCCACUAGCAACAUUGUUCAUGAACGACUUCAAUGUGAUCGAGACAUGCAACGAUGACAAAUCAACGGUCGAUAACUACAUAGUGAGGUUGAAGGAACUUAAUGAAGGAGGGGGAAUUUUAGAAGGGAUUGGAUUAGAAGGGCAUUUUGGUAAACCUAACAUUCCUUUGAUGAGAGCUGUGCUUGAUAAAUUGGCCACUCUACAGCUUCCUAUUUGGCUUACAGAGAUCGACAUUAGCAAGACCUUCGAUCAGCAAACACAGGCUGAAUAUCUGGAAGAGGUUUUACGAGAAGGAUUUUCCCAUCCAUCUGUGAACGGAAUAAUGCUGUGGACCGCAUUGAGUCCGAAGGGGUGCUACCAAAUGUGCCUGACCGACGGUGAUUUCAACAACCUUCCUGCGGGGAAUGUGGUGGACAAGCUCUUGCAAGAAUGGGAAACAAAAGAGACGCAAGGAACAACUAAUGACCAUGGAUCGUAUACCUUCGACGGAUUCCUCGGCGAGUACAAGGUGUCAGUGAGUGUCGAAAAUCGAUCGACCGAGGUGACGUUUUCGUUAGGUCGUAGCGACGAGACAGAGCAUCUCAACAUUCAACUGUGAGACUAAUCGGUAUAUAGAAGAUAUUGCUAGCGUUAACAUCUUCCUUAAAAGUAUAGCUAGCUCAUGAAUGAAGCUAAAUAGUUUAUUAUGUUCUUCUUAGAUAGAAGAUGAAAUAUGACGAAUUAUUGAACUAGUUAUUUGGUAUUGUAGUAUUUGCUACAAAUGAAAAUACAUGUUUAUUGUUCUAUCGUUGUUGAUCUUCUGUUUUCCACA